ACGCCUGUCUGGUCUUGAGCCCCGCCGUCAGAGCGGCUUCAGAGCGGCGUCCCCGAGCAGAGUUUGGGGGGGAAUCGCGGUGGAAAUGAAGGAGGUGAACGGCUGCGGUGUGCGCUCCUCCGUGAGCUUCCUGUCCCGCAGGGAGACCACGGGGCAGCCGCUGCUGAAGGACGACUUCCAGAGGCGCAGGCUGGCCGGCUGCACCAGCCUCUUCAAGAGGGACAUGCUGGGGCACUUCGGCUGCGUUAACGCCAUCGAGUUCUCCACCCGCGGGGGAGAGUGGCUGGUGUCCGGGGGAGACGACCGGCGGGUUCUUCUGUGGGACAUGGAGAAGGCCAUCCACGGCCGGGCCAAGCCCAUCAAGCUGAAGGGAGAGCACCUGUCCAACAUCUUCUGCCUCGCCUUCGACAGCACCAACAAGAAGGUCUUCUCCGGAGGAAACGACGAGCAGGUGAUCCUUCAUGACGUGGAGAGGAGGGAAACGCUGAACGUGUUCCUGCACAUCGACGCCGUGUACAGCCUGUCCGUCAGCCCCGUCAACGACAACGUGUUCGCCAGCUCCUCGGACGACGGCCGCGUCCUCAUCUGGGACACCCGCGAGCCGCCGCACGGAGAGCCGUUCUGCCUGGCCAGCUACCCGUCGGCGUUCCACAGCGUCAUGUUCAACCCCGUGGAGCCGCGGCUGCUCGCCACCGCCAACUCCAAGGAGGGCGUCGGGUUGUGGGACAUCCGCAAGCCGCGCAGAUAUCCUGAAUGA